ACCAUGCUAGGGCUCAACCACACCUCCACAUCUGUCUUCAUCCUCAUCGGCUUCUCCGACUUCCCCCACCUCCGGCUGCUGUUCUUCCUCUUGUUCCUGCUCAUGUACCUGUUCACGUUGCUGGGGAACCUGCUCAUCAUGGCCACCAUCCGGAGCGAGCGCAGCCUCCACACGCCCAUGUACCUCUUCCUGUGCGCCCUCUCCAUCUCCGAGAUCCUCUACACCUUCGCCAUCAUCCCCCGCAUGCUGGCCGACCUGCUCUCCACCCACCGCUCCAUUGCCCGGGCGGCCUGUGCCAGCCAGAUGUUCUUCUCCUUCACAUUUGGCUUCACCCACUCCUUCCUGCUCACCGUCAUGGGCUAUGACCGCUAUGUGGCCAUCUGCCACCCGCUGCGUUACAACGUGCUCAUGAGCCCCGGUGUCUGUGCCUGCCUGGUGGCCUGGUCUUGGGCGGGUGGCUCAGUCAUGGGGCUGGUGGUGACAGCGGCAAUUUUCCACCUCACCUUCUGUGGACCCAAUGAGGUCCACCAUUUUUUCUGCCAUGUGCCACCUCUUGUGAAGUUGGCCUGUGGGGACAAUGUCUCCACUGUGGCCCUAGGCGUGGGCCUGGUGUGCAUCACGGCCCUGCUGGGCUGCUGUCUCCUCAUCCUCCUCUCCUACGCCUCCAUUGUGGCCACCAUCUUGCGGAUCCCCUCAGCUGAAGGCCGGCACAAGGCCUUCUCCACAUGCGUGUCCCACCUCACCGUGGUGGUCGUGCACUACGGCUUUGCCUCUGUCAUCUACCUCAAGCCUAAGGGUCCCCAGUCCCUGGAAGGAGACACCCUGAUGGGCGUCACCUAUACCAUCGUCACACCCUUCCUCAGUCCCAUCAUCUUCAGCCUCAGGAACAAGGAGCUGAAGAACGCCAUGAAGAAGACCUUCCUCAGCAAGCUCUUUCUCUAG